AUGACUUCCUCGCCGUGCUCCUGGCUGCUGCUCCUGGUCGCCCUCUGCCAUCUGACCAUCCCGCUGGCGGGUCAGCACCAUGCUGUGAAUAAAUGCCCCGUCGUGUGCAACAAGAUGACGUCAAGGAUCAUGCUGGCCAAACUCAUCAGCUAUGAGCGCAACCGACCGUCCUGCGGCAGGCCGGCCAUCAUCUUGAGAACCAAACAGCAUAGAGUCUUCUGUGCUGACCCGGCUGAGAAGUGGGUGCAGGAAGUCAUGGAGCAAUUGGACCGCAGGGCAACUGCUCUGACCCCAAAUAGUGGCAAGUUUGAGAAGCAAAUCGGCGUGGGUGAGCCCAGGACAACUCCAGGCACCGAAGGAACGGACCAGCAUGCUGUGACAGAGCCCAGGGCUACAGGGGAGAGCGGUGUGGAGCUGACGUCUCCUUCCCAGGAGGCACAGAGGGCCCUGGGGACUUCCCCUGAGCUGCCAACCGGAGUGGCUGUGUCUUCAGAGACCAGGUCCCCCUCAGCUUCAAAGACUGAGGAUGCGGGCCCCCCAGCUGGGCCCGGAGGUACUGAGGUUUUCAAUGUGGCUACAGUCUCCACCAUGAUCUCUACCAUGAUCACCUGGCCCAGUUCUGCCACCUACCAAGCUGGGCCAGGCCUCUGGGCCCCCUCCACUGAGGCCCCCUCAACUGAGGUCCCCUCCACAGAGGCCCCCUCCACCAAGGCCCCCAUCAUUUCACAUUCAGCCACAGAGGACCACAUGGGGCCUGAAGGGGACAAGGGCCGAAGUCUGGAGCCAGAGAACUCUCCAGAAUCUGUCCCAGUUCACACAGAUGCUUUCCUGGACUGGGGACCCGGCAGCCUGGCCCAUGCUUCUGUGAACCCCCUAUCCUUUGAAGGAGCUCUCAGCAGGGAGUCUGGGGCUGAAGGCAGCUGGGCCCCCAAGGCCACAGAGGCCAUUCAUGCCACCAGAGACCCCCAGAGCCUGAGUGUCUUCAUCACUCCUGUGCCUGACGCCCAGGCGGCCACGCGGAGGCAGGCAGUGGGCCUCCUGGCCUUCCUCGGCCUCCUCUUCUGCCUGGGGGUGGUCAUGUUCACCUAUCAGAGCUUCCAGGGCUGCUCCCGCAAGGUGGCAGGGGAGAUGGUGGAAGGGCUACGCUACGUCCCCCGGAGCUGUGGCACUAACUCGUAUGUGCUGGUGCCAGUGUGA